AUGUCCCCUCCUGCCACGAUCCAUUACCCAAUCGAAUUGUUCCAGUGCGGCCACAGCGUCGCCAUCGCGCCUUCUCCUCAUCAUCAUCAUCGUCAUUCUCCUCCUCCUCCUCCUCCCCAUCCUCCCCGCACCGGCCGCAGACCACCGAGCAGCGCGGGCUAUGGUGCCAUAGUUGGCCGCGGAGAGAUGGUGUCAAAGCAGGAAGAAGAAGAAGAAGAAGCGUUUGAGCUCGCGUUGUCGGACCCGCUGGGUGCUAUGAGGACCGCGGGUGGUGGUGGUGUCGGGGUGGAGGAAAGAGCUGGCCGGUCGAGAGGGUUGAAGGGCAUGAGCGACAGCAGUGGCAGCAGCAGCAGCAGAACACGCAAGAAGAGCACUGCGACGGCAUCGGCUGCGGAAACGACGGUGGGAACGGCGGAGCGCAAAAGCCGGCGGCGCGGGGUGGUGCUGGAGGACCUGGUGUGGCCGUUUGUGGCGGUCGCCGAGGGCCUCGCGGAGGUGCGGUGGGAUGUCGAGGUCGAGGCCGCGGGGGAGGCUGGGUGGUCGCCGUUUUUUGUGUUUGUGAUGGGGGCAUGUCCUCGCGAGGGGUGUCGGGGUGGUGGUGGUGAGGGUGGGUGGGAAGGAGCUGGUGUGUAUGAUGAGGACGAUGUGAGGGAUCUCGCUGACUUGUGGGAGAGCGUGCGGGCGAUGGAGCAGGAGGCUGUGGUUGCGGCUUGGGGUUUGGGAGGGGAUGUGAUGAGGACGCCGUUGGAGAAGAGGGCUCAGACUGCUGGCUCGGGGGGAGAUGAGCGCUGUUGGAUGGGCAAGGCGAGCACGUCUCUUCGCUCUCAUCUGAUCGAGAUCAUUCCAGUCCAUCGCGAGGAGCCACGUCGCCUCCACGGUGGUGUUGGUGAAAGCAAGCGCAGCAACAGGGCUUAUCGUGGUAGGGGAGUAUUCUUGAACCUGCACCGGCAUCCUCGAGUCACCGGGAAGACGGAGAGGCAGGAGCCUCUUGAAGUGGUGGCUCAAAAGCAGCUGCCACAAUCUCUACUGCAACCGCGAGUGCAUACAAUCUGUAGCGCAAGCCGCGUUGCAAGCCGCCCCGUGUUGCUGCAGCUGUUGAUGAUGCGCAUGUGCCUCGAGCAGGCCGAGAUGUUGGCUGCCAUGCAGGCUCCCAAGGGCUGGUUUGAAGCAUGUCUACGGCAUGUGCUUGAGGGAUGGAAUGACUUAGAAGGCACCGUUCUAGCCCAUUAG